AUGUUUUUCAUCAAAGAUCUUUCGUUGAACAUCACACUACACCCAUCGUUUUUUGGGCCUCGCAUGAAACAAUAUUUAAAGACAAAACUACUCCAAGAAGUGGAAGGGUCCUGCACGGGUAAAUUCGGCUAUAUAUUAUGUGUAUUGGAUUAUGACAAGAUCGAUAUCGAAAGAGGCCGUAUCAUACCCACGGACGGGUCUGCGGAGUUCACCGUGCGAUACCGUGCAGUGGUUUUCAAACCGUUCAAGGGGGAAGUGGUCGAUGGCACCGUGGUGUCGUGUUCUCAACACGGGUUCGAAGUGCAAGUGGGACCCAUGAAAGUGUUUGUUACAAAACAUCUGAUGCCGCAGGAUUUGCAAUUCAAUGCUGGUUCGAACCCACCUUCGUACCAAAGUUCGGAAGAUGUGAUCACGAUCAAAAGUCGAAUCCGUGUCAAGAUCGAAGGGUGUAUCAGUCAAGUGUCGAGUAUCCAUGCCAUCGGGAGUAUCAAGGAGGAUUAUUUGGGCGCUAUCUGA